AUGAUGCAGGAAGUAACAGCACACCCUCCAGCAUCACCAUGGCAUGCAGUUCUUUAUGAGAUAAUAUUGACUUUCUUGCUUGUUUACACAUAUUAUGCAACUACACUUGAUCCCAAGAGGGGUAAAAUGGGAAUUAUUGGCCCAAUUGCAAUUGGUCUCAUAUGUAGUGCCAACAUCUUGUCUGGUGGUACUGCUUUUGGUGCAGCAAUGAAUCCUGCUAUGUCCUUUUGUCAAGCUGUGAUUAGUAAGAUAUGGACCAAUCAUUGGGUCUAUUGGCUUGGUACAUUCGUCGGUGGUGCCAUUGCUGGAUGUACCCUCUCAAACAUAUGGAAUCAUAUAUCGGAAAAACUAUCGAGUGAACAUGUGUGGAGGAAAAUGCUGAAGAAGGUCAUGCAAUUAAUGAAAACAAAGAUUAUGAUUCAUCAUAUGGUAGUCACCAGCGAAGCCAGUUCAAUGAAGCUCAGGAUGAUCCAGCUAGCAAGUCCUGAUUCAAUUGUGAAUUCAAGCAGUAUGGCAAAUCCUGUAGUGAUUCCGAUAAAUGAUCCAAGAGAUCGAGCAUGA